AUGAGGGAAGUCAAACCAGACGUCAGCGCCGUCUUUGUCCCCGCGAAAUUCGCAGCCGCAGCCAUUCUCGAGGCCAUUGAAGCAGAGGUUCCUCUCGUUGUCUCAGUCGCAGAGCAUGUACCUGUUCACGAUAUGCUUCGGGUUCAUGAGGUCUUGAGAACACAGUCCAAGACCCGGCUGGUAGGUCCCAAUUGCCCUGGCAUCAUCUCCCCGAACCAGUGUCGUGUAGGCAUAAUGCCCUAUAAGCAGUUGGCUUGGGACAGUCUCGUUAUAGGAAUGGGAGGCGAUAUGCUACCAGGCACGACCCUAGCAGAUGGACUGAAGCUCUUCUUCGAUCAUGACGAAACCAAGGGAAUCAUCGUCAUUGGAGAGAUUGGGGGCGAGGCAGAGCUCGAAGCCGCGGAGCUCAUUAGAGAACAUCGCCGCACGUCCCCAAGACCCAAGCCUGUCAUAGCAAUGGUAGCAGGGCGCACGGCGCCUGAAGGAAAGGCUAUGGGACAUGCCGGUGCGCUCUGGAGAGAUGGAGAUGUUACUGCAGAGGCCAAGACUAAAGCCCUUGAAGAUGCGGGGGCUAUCAUCGUGCCGCACCCCGGAGUUAUGGGCGAAAGGAUGAAGGAGUUGCUUGGGAUGUAA